AUGGAAAGCCUUGGAGAGAAUCCCUCUUGCUUACUCUAUGGCGGCGGUGAUGCGAGAUACGAAAAUCGCCCUAUGCCAGUGAUUGAAGAUCCCCUUGAUGUUAUUAUCCGCAUCGCCUACGUAGGCGUCUGUGGCAGCGAUGUCCAUUUCUGGCUCCAUGGUGGCGUCAAGCACCACGUCUCGGAGCAAACCCCCAUAGUGAUGGGCCACGAAGCGUCAGGAAUAGUCCACGCCGUCGGAUCUGGAGUUUCAACCUUGAAGCCUGGCGAUGAGAUUGCUAUCGAGCCCGGCUUCGCCUGUCGAAUCUGUGUGAAUUGCAAAAACGGUCAUUACAACCUGUGUCCAAGGAUGAAAUUUGCCGCCAACCCACCUCAUACGCACGGCACCUUGUCAAAAUUUUUCAAAGUUCCAGCUGAUUGCUGUUUCAAGAUCUCUAGUACGAUGGGGGAAAGCACGGCAUUGGGCGGUCCGUAUAAUAGAUCAGAUCUUCGGAUUGGACUCGAUGAAGCAGUACUCAUUGAGCCGAUGGCUGUUGCGGUCCAUUCUGUCAGACAGGUCGGUGUCAAGCCCGGCGACAGGGUCAUUGUGUUUGGAGCUGGGACGGUGGGGCUCUUUUGCGCGGCUCUUGUGCGCGAGUUUGGGGCCACUGUUGUUGUAUCAGUUGAUCUCAGCGAUGAGAAGUUGAGUUUUGCACAAAAGUGGAUGGAGCGAGAUCGUUUCUUGUUUGCGACUGCUAUUCCAGAUCGGGAGUUGAGCGCCGAGGACAAUGCGACUGCUAUGAAGAAUUGGCUUGGAAGCCUCGACCCCAAUGAAGAUCCUGGGAUCUCAGGGUUUGAUGUUGCGAUUGAGGCUACUGGGGCUGAGUCUUGCAUCCAGACAGCUGUUCAUUCGCUUCGCCUUGGGGGCUCGUUUGUGCAAACUGGGCUCGGAAACCGCAAUGUCAACUUUCCCAUCUCAACGGUCUCGGAGAACGAAAUUACUAUUAAAGGGUGCUAUCGAUAUGGCCCUGGGGAUUUCAAACUCGCGCUGCAGUUGGCCAUAUUCGGCAGGAUCGAACUGAAGCCGCUCAUUACCAAAGUGUUUGCCUUUGAGGAGGUCACCCAAGCCUGGGAAACUACAAAGCGUGGCGAGGGAAUCAAAACUCUGAUCCGAGGCAUGGGAUUCUGA